AAGAUAAGUCCUCAGUAGUUUUCAGAAUUGUUCACAGAACUGUCGGGCCAGGUCAGUCAUUGAUCGGCUUCAAUUUUCACAGAACUUUGAAUAAAUCUUACGACGGAAGAAAAUGUGAUAUCUUUUGACCGAUAGAAAAUUAUAUUUCUAUGGUGAUAAAAGUUAACGAUGGUGUCGAUGAAAAUUUCAUUACUUUUGAACACGUGGCCGUAAGACGAAGAUGGAAUUCAGAAAAAUGAUGAGCCUAUUUGUGAUUCAUUUCCUAGUGAUUUACCACCUACAAACUUUACCACUAGCUCACGGUUUUUGCCCCGUUAAAUGUUUGUGCUACUUCGGUCGACGCCCAAGAACUGUCAUGUGUUCGAAACAGGGUCUGACGAAAUUUCCAUCGAAUGUAACCGACAUUGUAGAACAUUUGGAUUUGUCGAAUAAUCUGUUGACAGAGAUCACGGAUGAUAUAGAACGCUUCAAAGAUCUACAAUAUCUAAACUUAGCUAGAAACCAAUUACAUUCCUUACCAAACGGUAUAGGAAACUUGAAUAAUUUACGUAAAUUAGAUCUCUCAGAAAAUAAUAUCAACGAUAUAAUCGAUAUAGCAGCUAUCAAUCGACUACCUUCUUUGAUGAUCAUCUACUUAUCUAAAAAUCCUAUAACAGAAUUAAAAAACUUGAAUAAUAGUGUCCUCCAAGCGGUAGAAGCGAGUUACUGUGCGAUAAAACAGAUCGACGAUAAAACGUUAAAAGGAUUGCCAGAUUUGAUGAGCCUAAGCUUAAGAGGAAAUCCAUUGAAAACGAUUCGAAGGCCAUUUAGCAAGAAGUUACGAUGGUUAGACAUGUCCCAUUGUCUUUUGAAUUAUUUAAGUCCUGAUACUUUCAGUGGUUUCUCAGUUCUAGAGGAAUUACGUCUGAAUAAUAAUCCUAUGCUCGUUUAUAGUACAAGGCAUUCUACUCUGCAACACUUGAAUUUGAGACAACUGGAUGUUUCAAAUUGUAAUUUGGACAGACCAGGUCUCCAUGGUUUGCCAUUGUUAACGCAUGCGAGAUUAUCUCGAAAUGUAAUACGUCUACUUCCAAAUCGAAUUUUUGCAAGAAACAGACAACUAACUCAUCUAUUUUUAAAUUCAAAUGGUAUAGAACAUUUGAAUAUAAGUACCUUUGAAGGACUGGUGAAACUUCAUCAUCUGGAUCUAUCAGCGAACGCUCUUGAGUUAAUCAACUCUUCAAUGUUUUUUGACAAUAUUGAACUUAAAUCGCUCAAUCUCUCUUAUAAUAACCUGUAUCAAUUUCCAAAUGUGACGUCGGCUUUGACGUCUUUAGAUUUAUCUUUCAAUUUCAUAGAAACUUUCGAAAGGAAUUCUUUGAACCGUAUGUCCAAAAUAAAAAGUUUAAACCUAAGUGAUAAUUGGCUACAACGUUUACCCAAUGGAUUACAAUCCUCGACUUUGACAAUGCUAAAUAUACGAAGAAAUAGACUCAUGGAAUUAAAUAACAGUAGUUUCGUAGAAUUACCUGCACUUGAAAGAAUCGACGUUUCAGGUAAUCGUCUAACUGAAGCGAUCGAUCCAAGUAUUUUUCAAAACAAUAUCAAAUUAAAAACCAUUCUACUUGAGGAUAAUCCAUGGCGUUGCGAUUGCAUGCAAUUAUACUUAACUUUUCAAUAUUUGACCAAUCCACCUGCAAAAACGUUGUCUUACUCUCUGAUCUGUCAGAGUCCAGCAAACGUCUCCGAUUACUCUUGGGAGAGUGCCUGCUAUAAUGUUUGGAACGGACAGCUUGUCUACAGUAAUAACAGAAUGUGGGGUUUUUUUUUGAUAUGCGUGUUCGUCCUGAUUGUUUUAGUGGGUACAGUCACGUCCAUCAAACAUUCGAUCAAAAUGAAGAGACGAGCUAUCGUAGAAAGACGUCGUAUCGAUAGAAUGCAGGGCAUUGAAAGACUAAGACUCUUACAACUUAGGAAUCAAGAGAGACAGGAAAUUUCGGAGCAACCACCUGAGCCAAGAAUUCAUCCUUUAGAAUUGAUCGGACCUCCAAGUUAUGAGGAGGCUGUACAGAUGCCAAGACUGACGCACUCAUUGGAUACAUUAAACGAAAUUUCUGUAGAGAAUAUUAGCUUGACUAGACUAGGCUCUGUCGAUAAUCUACAAAACAAGAGAAAAAGAUCGAGAAGAUCGAGAAAGAGAAUCCAAAGCGAAGACAAUUUAUUGAGAAGAGAAGAGCGUAGAGUUGAAAGACUAAGAAGAGAAAGAAGUAACUCAGCUGGUAACGUUUCUGAAAACGAACAAGGACUACGAAUGACGAAUUCCACAAGGUCUAGGUCUUCGUCCACUCGUCGACAGAGAAGGACAAAUGCUAUAGAAGAACUCGAUGAGUCUGGUGGUAGUAGUAAAAGUCGGCCGAGACCGCAAACACCAAGUACUAAAAAGAAAAAACGUAGAACAACGAUUAGAGACGGACAUUCGACGGACGAUGAGGAUUCCGACAUCCAACAAAUCGCUAAGAACAGGUCGAUCGUCAUUAGAGAUCUACGGAGGGAGCCAAGAAGUGGAUAUAGGGAGGCUCAAACUGAAUGUGAAUCUUAAGACUCAACGAAGUUAAAUGUCCAUGAUGUUGUAAUACUUUGUAUAUUAUUUUUAUUAAAAACCUUUAAAAUUCUCGACUCUGUAUUUUCCUUGUUAUAGAUAAGAAAAAAAGGGAUUACUAUGGUUGAACAAAAAAUUCAAUAUGAUUUCUAAGCACUGAUUUAAAAUAAACCCACAGUUUAAAUCCUGAGAUUAUAGUAGAUACGAAUCUCGUAGUGAUACUUUAAAACUCACAUAGCAUACCUUAGCGUAACAUCGAAUUACUAGGUUAGCCGUAACGAAUAGGUGUACUCGCGGAAUCAUAGCAAUUUGUUAGUAACCUUCCGAGCUGUGUAAAAUACUGCAUUUCUACGAUAUGCGCAACUAUUAAUUUCAAAUAUAAUUAUAUAUCAAGAUAUCGAAGAGAGAAAGACGAGAUGGUAAUCAGAAUGGCAUUCAUAUAAUAUCCAAGAUAAGAUGCAAAUUAUUCAUUUCUUCCACGUUAUGAUAAUAUUUCAUAGAUUAAAUUCGUUAUUCUUAACAAGAUAAUUCGAUUUACAAAUUGUAUGUUACUUUGAUAUUAUGUAAAACAUUUAUUAUCAAUUUUCACUAAUCAUUCUUCUCUUUUUCUUUUCAUCUUAUUUUAUUAUAUUUUAUUUUAUUUUAUUUUUUUUUUUUAUUUUCUUCUUUUUCUUUUUAUUAUAGUCGGCUUAUGCUAAUCACAAAUUAACUAAUAUUUUCUUUCAUAUUCAUACCAUAAUUACAUCUUAUCGUUUUUAUAUACAAAAAAAAACGUAUUCUAACAUUCGAAGUUAUAUAUAUAUAUGUGUGCGUGUGCGUGUGCGUGUGUGUGUGUGUGUGUGUGUGUGUGUGUGUGUGUCUAAAUGUAUUUUUCUCAAUGUAAACGAGACAGAACCUUUCGUUUCGUUUUAUUAAACACAUUAAAUAUAAAUAAAAUCUUCACAUGUAUUUAUUGGGUCAUAUACUUUCAUAUUACUUAUCGUCCGAAAGAGUCUAAAAAAGCAAAUUAUUCCGAUGCAAUUAACAUGAAGGGAUUAUAAAUCGUUCAUAUACAUUCUUAAAUUAUUCAUCGUUCUUUGUACGACGUUGUUCACAAAAGUAGGCACCGUAUUUCUAACGAAUGAUUACCUAUAAAUUUUAUAUUUACGCAACCAUAAUACGUUCAUAGAAUGUAUAAUGCAUAAUAAUACAUAAUAUAUAAUAAUUAUAAUUAUAAUUAUAAUUAUAAUAAUAAUAAUAAUAAUGAUAAUAAUAAUAAUAAUAAUAAUAAUAAUAAUAAUAAUAAUAAUAAUAAUAAUAAUAAUAUAAUCAGCUUAUUUGGCUCACAUACGUAAAUACAAACGAUCUUUGAUUGAUAUUAUGAAAUACUAAUGACAAAAACUUACUUAUAAACUUCACGUAUAGGUAAUUAAUUCUGACGAACAUUCGCAAUUCUUAAUAUUUAAUUGAAUUAAACUAAUCAUUAAAAUUCGCAUAAAGCUCGUACCUUAUAGACUCUAUCGUAGAUCUUUUCUAUUAAAUUACCUUGUAAUAUCGACGAAUAAAUAAUUGUAAUAGUCGACAGAUAAGGGAAAGCGCGUAUUGUCCAUUAGCAAAUAAUUUUAUACGUAAUAUUUUCUCUCUCUCUCUCUUUCUCUCUCUCUCUCUCUCUCUUUCUCUCUUUUUUCUCUCUCACUAUAUUAUAUACAUAUAUAUAUAUAUAUAUAUAUAUAUAUAUAUAUAUAUAUAUAUAAAUAAUUAUAAAUGGUAUAAACAAUAGAAGCGUGUUAUAAUGAUUUCGAUUAUGAUAGAUAUGACGCUGUCGGAUAAUACAUACGUUUAUCUAACACAUCGUAUACUUUAAAUGUAACGAAUUAGUUGUUUAACGAAUAUCAGAUUUUAUCUGAAUUUCGAGUGACUGAGCUGAAUCGAUGGAUAUACGUAAAUAUUAAAUAGAUUAUCAUAUACAUCAAUCGUAUUGUUGUAGCUUUAAUUACACAACUUGGUGAAAUCUCGAUGGACAUUGUGAUAAUUAGUCUGGCAAUUGAUUACGGACGCGCACUCCAUGCGUAUUCAAGUUUAUAAUCGAUAAUAGGCCUUAGUUUAUUCGUUAAAUUAAUCUCAACACACUUAAGAAAAAGGAAAGAGGAAAAAUAAAGAAGAAUA